AUGGCACCCGCGCGCGAUGACAAGUUCCUACCAGAGGUUUGGGGUCUUUACUCCGUUGGCGCACUAUGGCUUCUUCUCAGGUUCGCAGUGCGCCUUCGUACCGUUGGAGUAAUGGGACUGCAACUUGAUGAUGGCUUCGCGUUCGUUACACUGAUUGCCUGGACGUACACGUGCGCCGUAACAGAAAUAAUGUAUCACACUGGAACGAAUACCGACUACUCUACAGCUGAGAUAGCUCUGUUCAGUCAUGUCAAGUUUGCAGAAGUAGAGCUGUCAAGCAAGCUCUUCUUAGGCUCUUGGUACGCGUACAUCGUUUUGAUCUUCAGUCUCAAAGGUAUUGUUGUAAUACUCUACCGACGAAUCUUCUUGGAGCUCUGGCAAAUCUAUAUGCUACGAUUCACUAUAAUUCUAUGCUUGUCAGGAUUCACGGCCACCACACUGGCUUUGAGCCUCUCAUGCCUGCCAUACCACCAAAGGUGGCAGUUAGUUCCGCAUCCACCUCUCGUAUGCACCGCGUCACCAAAAAUCCUCAUUCUUGCAAGCUGUCUUAACGCUACGACAGAUGUUUUUUUGCUUAGUAUACCAGUUCCACUUCUUUGGCAGUUGAACAAGCCUUUGUCCAUUCGAUUUGGUGUUUUUGUCCUUUUGGCCUCCGGUCUCUUCGUUCUGGCAGCAUGUGUUACCCGUGUAUCACUCACUGUCGUACCCAACAUAUUCGUUCUUAAUAUCGCGCGCUGGGGGAUACGGGAGUUCUGUAUCGCCAUUGUUGCUGUUAACAGUGCUUGUUUGCAACCUUUAUUUCGCGGGUCAUUCUGGGCCAUUCGAAAACGUCAUCCAGCAAACCGGAGUAAUCGAAAUUACGUGUUCGCAUCUGCACAGCGGGCCCGUCAACGCUUUAGGAAAGCACGGAACCGCAGCCAUAUUCUAGACUCUACAUCUGCAGGCGCAUCGAUCAGCAACGCAUCUAUGAAACAUGCACCUAUAAAGCAAGAAUAUGUUGGUAACAACAAUACAUUGGAGAAUCCGAGAUAUGAAGUCACUUCAAAUCAAUCACAAGAUGAUCAGCACGGUAGUGGGUUGGAAACUAUAUCAAUCAUCAGGAGCUUAGAAGAGGUUGAUAUAGAAAAGGGUGACGCUUCGCUGGCAAGACAACCUGAACAGACAGUGAUGCCUUGA